AUGGAUAAGCAGAACCCUUUACUACCCUUUGCGUUUAGUACUUCAUCGAUAACGGACGAGGUUCCUUUAAAUACCGCACCCCGGAAUAGACUUAUAAUUGAUGAAAAUGCUAGUAGCAUGUACCAUACAAGAACAACUGACGUCAGAAGGAAGGGACCAAUCUUAUCGGAGGUCCCAAGCUUGAAACGUAAAAUGGGUACAAGUUUUAAUGAAAAAAUUGAUGUUAAGAGACGAGAUACAGAAUAUGAAGAAUUUGAAAGUGAGCCUACGUUUGUUGACGACGAACCAGAAGAGGAAAAUGGAUAUCAAAACAAGUUCCGGAAAGCUAUACCACCGAGUAGUCCACUUUUGGACCAUCAUAUGGCUUCAGAAUUUGACUUAUCAACGAAUACUACGGCAAAUUAUGAAGUACCGGACUCACCCACACAUAUAUUCCCUAGCGAAAAUAACACAGCACACGAUUAUAUGAACGACAUACCAGGAAAGAAGCAUUUUGUAACGCCCAAAGAGCAACACUCUUUAAGCUCCGAAGCAGAUUUUGGCAUAGAUAGGUUUAAUAGAUUCACAAACAAAUCUAACCAAUGUCCGUCGACAGAUAGAGAUUUUUUGCAAGAUUCGGACGAGUAUUUACAAAUGCAGAAAAAAAUUCAUAAUAAAGCUAGAGAUAUAGUUAUAGAUGCAUUUGAAAACAUUGAAACCACAAUAAACUUAGAAGGUAUGGGCUUGCAGGAUAUCCCUGACGAAAUUAAAGAUUUUGACAAUCUAGUGAUAUUUAAUCCUGAACCAACCACGCAAACUUCGUACCAAUUAUACCUUACUAACAACAACCUAAGAUACUUAACGCCUUCGGUAUUCACAUUUACAAAAUUGAAUGUCUUGGGAUUACGUCGAAAUAAAUUACAGACGCUUCCCCCUCUUAUUGGCAACUUACAGCAUCUAACAGAUUUGUCGUUAGGCACAAAUAGACUAGAACAUUUGCCUCCACAAAUAUUAGGUUUAUAUAACUUGCAAACGUUUAGAGCAGGACCCAAUCCUUUUGUGAAAAUUCCGGAGGAUGCCAUUCCAAUAACUACUUCCACCCUCAAUUCCAUUAAAUUACUUAAGUAUGUGUCUCGGGUUAGAUACUUCGGUAAUCUGAAAAAAGUCAUUCCUUCGUUAAAGACGCACUGUUUGAACAUAAUUGCUAAAUAUGAUGUUUCUUACCAAGAGACUAAGAGUUGGAAAAGGUUCACUCCUAAAAUUCACCAUGGUUUGAUUGCGAAGGCCAUCUCAAAGGGAAAAUACGAAGAAAGGUGCAGCGAAUGUGAUUUCAUAAUAGUAGAGCCAUUUGCCGAAGCUUUUGAAUGGUGGGACAUUCUUCAAAAUAAGAAUGUUCCAAUUAAGAGAGAAUUUUGCAGUGGGAAAUGUGUAAAGAAAUGGGAAUUAAGGGUACUCAUUAGUACGAACAAGGAUGAAUUAUAA